GACGCCCAGCCGCACACAGCCAUCUAUCCUCCCCUGCCCCUCUCUCCCCGUCCUCCCUUCUCUCUAGGCCCCCAUCCCCGCCGCGGGCCGGAGGGGCACCGGCCGCCGCCAUGAGUUCCUUCAGCUACGAGCCGUACUACUCGACCUCCUACAAGCGGCGCUACGCGGAGGCGCCCCGGGUGCACGUUUCCAGCGUGCGCAGCGGCUACAGCUCCGCGCGUUCCGCGUAUUCCAGCUACUCCGCGCCGCUCUCCUCCUCGCUCUCCGUGCGCCGCAGCUACUCGUCCAGCUCCGGCUCCUUGAUGCCCAGCCUGGAGAACCUCGACCUGAGCCAGGUGGCUGCCAUCAGCAACGACCUCAAGUCGAUCCGCACGCAGGAGAAGGCACAGCUCCAGGACCUCAACGACCGCUUCGCCAGCUUCAUCGAGCGCGUGCACGAGCUGGAGCAGCAGAACAAGGUCCUGGAAGCCGAGCUGCUUGUGCUGCGCCAGAAGCACUCCGAGCCAUCCCGCUUCCGGGCGCUGUACGAGCAGGAGAUCCGAGACCUGCGCCUAGCGGCGGAAGACGCCACCAACGAGAAGCAGGCGCUACAGGGCGAGCGCGAAGGGCUGGAGGAGACGCUGCGCAACCUUCAGGCGCGCUACGAAGAAGAGGUGCUGAGCCGCGAGGACGCCGAGGGCCGGCUCAUGGAAGCGCGCAAAGGCGCCGACGAGGCCGCGCUCGCCCGCGCCGAGCUCGAAAAGCGCAUCGACAGCCUGAUGGACGAAAUCGCCUUUCUGAAGAAAGUGCACGAGGAGGAGAUCGCCGAGCUGCAGGCGCAGAUUCAGUAUGCGCAGAUCUCCGUGGAGAUGGACGUGUCCUCCAAGCCCGACCUCUCCGCCGCGCUCAAGGACAUCCGCGCGCAGUACGAGAAGCUGGCCGCCAAGAACAUGCAGAACGCCGAGGAGUGGUUCAAGAGCCGCUUCACCGUGCUGACCGAGAGCGCCGCCAAGAACACCGACGCCGUGCGCGCCGCCAAGGACGAGGUGUCCGAGAGCCGCCGCCUGCUCAAGGCCAAGACCUUGGAGAUCGAAGCGUGCCGGGGCAUGAACGAGGCGCUGGAGAAGCAGCUGCAGGAGCUGGAGGACAAGCAGAACGCCGACAUCAGUGCCAUGCAGGACACAAUCAACAAAUUAGAAAAUGAACUGAGAACCACAAAGAGCGAGAUGGCUAGAUACCUAAAAGAAUACCAAGACCUCCUCAAUGUGAAGAUGGCUUUGGAUAUUGAGAUUGCAGCUUACAGGAAACUCUUGGAAGGCGAGGAGACCAGGCUCAGUUUCACCAGCGUGGGCAGCAUCACCAGCGGCUACUCCCAGAGCUCCCAGGUCUUCGGCCGAUCUGCCUACAGCGGUUUGCAGACCAGCUCCUACCUGAUGUCUGCCCGCUCCUUCCCCUCCUACUACACCAGCCACGUCCAGGAGGAGCAGAUCGAGGUGGAGGAGACCAUCCAGGCUGCCAAAGCCGAGGAAGCUAAGGACGAGCCCCCUUCUGAAGGGGAAGCUGAAGAGCAGGAGAAGGAAGAGGGUGAAGAAGAGGAGGGAGCCAAUGAGGAAGAAGCUGCCAAGGGAGACUCUGAGGAGGCAAAGGAGGAAGAAGAAGGAGGAGGUGAAGGUGAAGAAGCAGAAGAAACCAAAGAAUCUGAAGAGGAGGAGAAGAAAGACGAAGGUACCGUCGAGGAACAAGCAGCGAAGAAGAAAGAUUGAGUCCCCCCGUUUCCUAACUGUUCCAGGAAAAAUUCUCCCGAAACUUGGCCAACCUCAUCACCAACCAACCAGUUGAGUUCCAGAUCCUACAUGAAUUAAGAAGUCAAUAUAUGUAUACUUCUGAGAUGACCUAGGCUGGACCUUCAAUGUCGUGCUAUGAAUUUUCUCCUUAUGCAGAGUAUCUGUUUGCUUGCAGAGUGGCUUUCUGGCUUGCUGCCAGCCUGUGCAUGGUCCACGCGUAUGAGUUCAGGAUCUAUGGCAAUGUGAAUCAUUCAGAUGUUUACAAUAAAAAAGUGAAUAAGUGAAUUUACUAAUGUUAACAUUAAACUUUAUGGAAAAAUAGUCCUCUGAGCCUUUGGUGGUUAGAAGUUAAAGACCUCGAGUUAUGUGCAAUAAAUAGUAAAUAAAGUUACACUGAAUGACAUAGUUCUUGCUGUGGUUUUUGGUUUAAUUAAAAUACUUUAAAACAUGGCAUCAAUAAAAACAGUAUACAAAGGGUCUAUUGACCUUCAGUUUUUUUAAAAGCUAAAAUUUUCACAGCUACAAUACCUUCUUUAAUUGGAAAUUCUGAGGGAUACAGUUAGGUCAUGACUACAAAAUCUCUUCCCUCAAAAAAAUCUUACUGAUGAUAAACCUAAGGAAGUGAGAGAGUCCAUAAAUAAUGAUAUAUUCUAUAAAUUGUGCUGUGUUAUGUUGAAAGGUGACUUUAUGGAGCAAAUUUUGAAAUUAUAUGACAAAUAUACCCUUUAUGGACAACUGGUAUGUGAUCACGCAGUAAGGGUAGAAUGUGAAGUCUAUGUGUUCAUCACUGUGGCUGCAUUUUUAAUACACUCUAAAUAUGGGCAGGAGUUGACACCUGAGCACAUGAUAUGAUGAAAAGGAAUGUUUUUAUCAAUGUAUAAUUUAGAGAGGAUAAAGGGCAUCAAAGGUUAUUUGCCACUGUAAACACGUUGCCUGCAAUCCUGAGCUAGUGAUUCAGUGUGUUGUAAGUCUAAUUCUAUUGCCUAACAUAAAUAGCAUUUAAUGUCACACAUUUCAAAUCUUUAAAAAAAUUACAGACACUAGUAAUGAAAUUAUUAGCAGUCACGUAGGGGGGAGAUAAUAUAUUUGUGUGUUACAUCGGCAUUGCUCUGCACGUCUUAAUUGGAAAAUACUUGGAUUUCAAUAACUGGGUGGUUGGAUGUUGCAUUAAAAAAAAAAAACCCCGGGCUGUCUGUGUCCACUGUAAAAUUAUGAAAGCUCUUGACUUCACCUUUGGUGUGGAAUAGAGAUGAAAUUAUUGUCUCUCUGCUGCUCUGCUUCUGUUCUUAAACAACUGCUUUGUCAGCUAACUUUGUUUAGUAUCCAUUUUCAAGAUGAUCUUUGAAAAUUAUGAAUGUCACCUGAAACAUUCCUAGUGAUGUGAUCCCUUUGCACUUUGGGAAAGACUAGGCAUCUCCUCAGAAGCCAAGCUUUUCACAUUUAUGCUCUAUAAACAUGGGAGGAUGCUCAUGGCUUAGUGCCUUGCCGAAUGGAAACAGCUGGUUGAUUUGAGAAAUACUUGGUUGAAGUAAGAACAUUGUUCCAUAUUCUAUCCUGUGUGCCAUAAUAAAAUACUGA